CCCCUUCUUGUGAAGAGCUCUCACCCCCUUCUUGUGCGCAGCUGUUCUUCUCCGCUCCUCACUCUCAUCCGCGCAAAGACCGUUAUACAGAGCGCCAUACAGCGCGCGAUGGUGUUUGUUUAAAAGAAGUUUUUUUGAGUGUUUUUUUUUUAAAUAAUAACCUAAAAGUGGACCAUCUGUUCCGCUCUUUAAGAAGCGGACUAUUUAUCGGACACGAAGGGUACUAAUAAGGACAACAUUGUAAGAAAGCAUGGCAUCGGCGGGUCUGGAGCUGCUCGGCCUGACGCUAGCUGUGUUCGGCACGCUGUUGGAGAUGACCGCAUGCGGUUUGCCCACGUGGAAGGUAGCGGCGCAUAUCGAGGCCAACAUCGUGGUGUCGCAGACCAUCUGGGACGGGCUGUGGAUGUCUUGCGCUGUGCAGAGCACGGGCCAGAUGCAGUGUAAGGUGCACGACUCGAUACUGGCGCUGAGCAGCGAUCUCCAGGUGGCGCGCGCGCUUACCGUGGUCUCGUCCGUGCUAAGCGUGCUGGCGCUGCUCGCCGUGAUCGCCGGAGCGCAGUGCACCAACUGCAUCCGCGCCGAGCUCGUCAAGGUGAGAGUAGUGAACUUCGGGGGUGCGCUGUACAUCGUCAGCGCCGUGCUCGUGCUCGUGCCCCUCUGCUGGAUGGCCAAUAAAAUCAUCUCCGAUUUUUACAACCCCAACGUGCCCCCGGCGCAAAAGCGCGAGAUGGGCGCCGCGCUCUACAUCGGCUGGGCGGCCGCGGCUCUCCUGCUGCUGGGCGGCUCUGUGCUCUGCUGCUCGUGUCCUCCGCCGUCAUCCGCCAGUGCGGGUUACUCGGUAAACUACGCACCCACAAAAAGAGCCACGACCAAUGGAGACUACGACAAGAGGAACUACGUGUGAAAUCUACACGUCGGCUAACGCGCAAAGCCAUGGGUACGGCGGACUGCAUAACCAACAAGCCUCGCAACUUAUGAUUUGCGCAUAAACACUCACUAUACCAUUAAGAAUAAAAGUUUUCAUUCAGCACCCUGGUUUUUUUCGGUUUUGAAGGUUCUGCGUAAAAACCCUACAGAGGAGUUCACUUCCAAAGUUCUACGUCAAGAAAACUCGAACCCUCAACCAUCCAAAGAAUCCUCGAGGAGCUCUUUCCUAUUUCUAAACAACAACAACAAAAAAGAAAAAACCUUACAAAAUCAUUCAAAAUAUAGUGCCAUGUAUUUCUGGUAAUUAAGAUAUGGCAGAAGAAGAGAGACAUGGACAAGCGUUUCCCAAAAGUGUCAAAUGAUCUCAGGCUUAUAUAUGAUUCUCUAUUGAGAUAUUUUCCCCCUGUACUAAAGAGCGCAUGUUGGCGUGUUGGAUGAAGCGGUGUCAGUUUGUAUCCUGUGUGUUUUUGCACAUGUAGAUGUUUCUGUCUAAACCUAAAUGUAAAUGACCUGUUUUUCCCUCAGGUCAUGGACUCUUACUGAAUUUUUGAUAUUUCCUGUUUUAAACAUACAGGCUAUGCAUUUUGAAGGGGUUACACCUUAAUUUCAACCUAAAUGAACAUUUUUUAAAUAAAAGUUUUUACUGUUUUGACCACGAAUGUUUGCCAAAACUUUAACAAAACAUGAUCAUGAUCAUGAUGGGUUGGUUGAAAGCUCUAUAUACAGUAGUUUCAAAGCAGAGACAUUUUCCUCACAUGGAACGCUAGACUGCCUAAUUGUGAAUCUGAUGUAGAUUUCUUUUUUAAAACAAUAGCUGUCUAGUUAAAGGAGCAGGUGCUCUAAAGGACAGGCCAGAACAAUGUGCCAUGCAUUAUGAAAACAGUGCUUAGGACAUAUUUGGUUUGUGCUUUAUUGAGCACCUUAUUUAAUUUGCAUCUUUAACAAAUAAGACAAACGAUGCCAAAUUUCAUCCUCAAUAGUCAACGGUUUGUUUUUAAAACUGUCAUAGUUAUGUGUUAAAAGUAAGUUUUGAACUGUAAUGUUUUUAAUAAACACUUUUUAUCAUAA